AUUUUUUAAUAUUUUUUGAAUCACUUAAUCCAUUAGAAAAAUAAUGUUGAACAUUAAUGACCCCCCUUUACAGUUGAUGGGUGCCAAAAAUCACGGUGACGGCUAACAUCAAAAAUGUUAAUUAUAGAAAAUAAGAAAUUGUAAAAAUAAUUGCUUUUUUAAAAAUACAAUUAUAUUUUUAAAAAAUGUUCUUUUUUAAUUAAUAUUUUUAAAAAACAACGAAUUAAUAAUAACUAAAGUUUAUACCUAUCUGAAUACAAUAUAUAAAAAGAUCACAAUCUUUUAUCUUAAUAAUAAUUUAAUACUUUCGCAAAUGAUUCUUUAUGGUGAUCAAUUUCUCUGAAAGAGACUCCCUCAAUAGCGCAGCGUACUCGGCGAGUAUCGAUCGACUGACGAGACGCACAAAUAUCCUGUUCUGCUUAUUACGUUACUAAGAUACUCGUUGGCGCAGGCGCUACUUUUUGUCAACUGCAUGCAUGUCUAACAGUCGAUUCAGUAGCAUCCGCGCGCUUCGCGAGCAAUCAUGGAUGUCGAUGAAUCUAACAAUCCGCAGCAGGACGUAACCGAUUACAGUACUCAGUUUAAUCGUUGGCUCUUGAAACCGAUGGGCGCUUGGCCAAGUGAAGACUCCACGCCAAUAAAGGAUAAGGUGAUUUCAAUAAUACUGGCAAUAACCUGCUACUCCCUCAUAGUCUACGCGCUCGUGCCUUGUAUCCUGAACAUACUAUUCGAAGAGACUGAUAUGCAUAAAAAAAUAACAACUUUGGGUCCAUUAAGUCAUUGGAGCAUAGGCGGUGUGAAUUAUUUCUUCCUGCUUAUUCGCAGUCGCGAUAUAAAUCGUUGCGUGCAACAUAUGAGGAACGAUUGGCGAACAGUGACGGAUAGUGAAGACAGAGGAGCUAUGAUGAGAUACGCCAAAGUCGGCCGUUUUGUCGCCGGACUCUGCGCAAUUGUUAUGCCUAGCGGCGUAAUCGCCCAUACUCUGCUAACUGGCACCACGCCGGUAAUUGUACAUAUCGGCAACAAGAGCGUAUCAACGUAUUUGUUACCGUGUCCCUCAUACACGAAGUUCGUGGAUACCACGAAGAGCCCGGCGUUUGAAAUUACAUUAAUAUUGCAACUUAUGUCGAGUAUCAUUGUCACUUUCAUCAGGGUCGGCACCUGUAGUCUCGCGGCGGUGUUUGCAACGCAUGCAUGCGGCCAGUUAACUAUGCUAAUGAGAUGGCUAGAUCAGCUGGAGAAUCGAAAGAAACAAAACACGGUGCAACAUCGAUUGGGGAACAUUGUGGAGCACCAUUUAAAAGUACUGAGCUUCGUGGCACAGAUGGAAGCACUUAUGAAUCAGUUAUGUUUUGUGGAAGUGCUAGGAUGUACGUUUGACUUGUGUUUACUUGGAUAUUACAUCAUUACGGGAUGGAAUGUAAUGGGGAGAAAAUUGUCAAUAUCUUAUGUAAUCAUAUAUGUAGGCAUGGCUUUUAAUAUUUUUAUAUUGUGUUACAUUGGUGAGAUAGUCACAGAACAGUGUAAACAAGUAGGCGAAACAGCCUACAUGACUAAUUGGUAUGAUUUGGCUCAUACAACGGCUCGUGAUCUGAUUUUAAUUAUUUCCCGAUCAAGCACUGUGACCAAAUUAACUGCAGGAAAACUUGUUCAUCUUUCUAUCUCAACUUUUGGUGAUGUGAGUACACAAAAAUGUAUAUCAUAUUUUGUACAGUCUAAUACAUUUACGAAAUGUUUCAGGUGAUGAAAACCUCCAUGGCGUAUCUAAACAUGCUCCGAACUAUGACGGCUUCUUAAGCUGAAUUUACACCAGUUUGUACAAAGCGUUAGCAAAUUCACUGUAGCUUCGAAUUAUAUCUGAAUAAUUACAUAAAGUACCAAAAAAAACCAA